AGACUCUAUUCUGCUCUAAAACAGUUUCGGAUUUUUCUUGGCCUGGUGAAUGUAUCCUCCUCGUUGAGAGAAGGCGCGGUGCUUCCGUAUUUUUUUUAAAUAUCGAGAGGUUUGAUCUUCAAUCUUGUAAAUAGGGUCCUAGUGUCUUUAUCUAACAAGGAGCGCUGGUUUGUGGAACCCGAGGCAGGAAUUUGUUUUCGAAUAUGUUUAACCAAUCGAUGAGACAGAACGGCAGGGGUCACGUUCGCUGUAAGGCUGAGUCUUGCAGUCUGGUGUGGAGUUGGCAGCUCCGAUGAUGGAGGGCAGCGGUUGGCUGCCGCUCUGGCUUUCCAUUUCAGUCUGGGACGAGAGUUUUUGGCUGCCCCACAACGUCAGCAGGGCACAGCUGGAAAAUUCGCAGGAUCCAGUCUACCCCCGGCUUAAGGAUUUGUACUUUAUUCUCCCCUGGACCUGGGCGAUCUACGUAUUGCGACUUCUCUUUGAAAGGUUUAUUGCAACACCAUUUGCUAAGUUCCUUGGAGUAGAUUGUAGACCAAUCCAGAAGGCUCAGCAAAAUGUUGUUCUUGAAAAAGUGUUCAAAGAUAUAACUACGGAACCUGGUAAAACUCAUCUGAAUCGUUUGGCAAAACAACUGGAUUGGGACACAAAGAAAGUGAUACAAUGGUUCAAGCUGCGGCGAUACCAGGACAGACCAAGUCUGCUGACAAAGUUCUGCGAGAGCAUGUGGAAGUUCACCUUCUAUCUAUGGGCCUUUUCAUUCAGUUUUUAUUACCUAUCAAAGAGUCCAUGGCUAUGGAAUACCAGGGAGUGCUGGUACAACUAUCCCUUUCAUGAACUUUCAUUUCAAAUCUACAUACACUACAUGAUGGAAUUUGCUUUCUAUGGAUCACUGAUAUUUUCACAGUUUUUUGAUGUUAAAAGAAAGGAUUUUGUUGUCAUGUGUAUCCACCAUCAUGUCACCAUUCUGCUACUUACAAUUGCGUAUGUUGCCAACAUGACACGGGCAGGAGCCAUUGUUCUCCUGUUACAUGAUGCAGCUGACAUUGUUUUAGAGCUGGCUAAAAUGGCAAACUAUGCUAAAUGGCAAAAGCUCUGUAACAUCUUCUUCUUGAUGUUUGCUGUGGUCUUCAUUGUGACCCGACUGGUAAUAUACCCCCUCAUGAGCAUCAGAUCUGUGUUUUAUGAAAGCUGGGAGAUCAUAGGACCAUACAAAAUCUGGGGCUUCAUUAAUCUUCUUCUUAUCACGCUGCUGAUUAUGCACAUCUACUGGUCCCAUCUAAUCAUUCGUAUGGUGUUUAAAGCAUUUCAUAAAGGAAAGGUGUCCAAAGAUGAUCGAAGUGAUGUGGACAGCAGUUCAGAGGAUGAGGAUCAAUCUGAACAAAAUGCCCACGCAAAAACAUCAUAACAGCCUUCAAAGUGACUGACCAAGAAAUUCUACAGUUUCUCAGGAUGCAAGUCGAAACUGCAAAAGAAACAGGAAGCUUUUUAUUUAAAAAAAAACUGUUCUCUGCUAUGCAAAAUGUGCAUUUGAGACAUAAUUGGCUAACAAUGAUUUAUUGUGGACUGUUUACAUAAAUCUAUCAAAAUUAUAAUUAUGAUAUUUGCUAGUUCAGAGUAUUAUACUGCACUGUUAUGGCCCAAAUGAUGAUAAAAAGGUGAGGAUAUUUUAGCAUGAGUGAACUCUUUUUACUUUAUUUCUAAAAAUAAACUCAUAGGCAUGCUAUUUUUAAACAACACAAUCCAGCUUCAUAAUUUGAAUAAAGUAAAAUUGAGUUUUGAAAUUAAAACUUUACAUCAGAAAGAUACUAUUUCAAGAUAAAAGAAAUGGCUUCACUGCACUGAACAGGGUAGGAAUAUUGGUGAUGUUUCUAGUCCUGAAAAGUAGAUGUUGGAUGAGCAGGAUAUGAAGGUGCUUUUCUGUCAGAAUUUGAAUAGAUAUCUGGCACUAAACAGUUUAAACAUCAGCAAAAAGUGCUGACUUUCUAAACCAAAGUAUAUCAUUGUCUGUGGAACUAUGUUGCAAUAUGUCUGGCAACCUUCAGCAGGAGAAAGAAAGAAAUAUUAUUCUACACUUUCAAAAAUUUGUAACUUUUUUGGAAUUGAUGGGAUAAAAUAAUUAGAUUUUUCUAGGUUUAUUCAAGUGCGUUGCGUUAUCUGAAUGUAGCGAGUAUUAGUAAAGUUGGCACUUUCCUUUUACAAAUGGAUAACCUGACAUGGGCAAUUUUCUGAAAUUCUCUGCACUCAAAUGAUUGUGCGCCCAGCCACUCAGAUGGAAAAAUCUCUCAAAGACCUGUGUAUGUGCUUCUUAAAAACUUCUCGCUAUGCGUGGAUUUUAAGUGCUCAAAUGGGAGUGGGUGGGCACUGUCAUCCAGUGUUUUUUUAUUCUUGAGAACUGAAAGACCAGUCAAACUUGUAUAUGUGAUGAAAUAAGUUCUGAGUACAGAACAAACCUCUAGAUUUAUCAUUGGGCUAUGAAGAUACAUCAAAAUACUUGUGCAAAGCGUAAAGUUGUUAGAAUAAAUUCAAAGAUGCUGUAAA